CUAUUUUUCUUCUGGAGCUAUCACCAUUUUGUUCAAUAUGUCCACCAACAUUCCGCAAAACUUUAACGUUUGUGUUGGGUCCCAACACCCUUUCUUCUUGGCCCGAACCCAACCAUAAUCUGCCAGGUCUGCCUCUAUUACCUUGUCCCUUAUCUCCAAUAAUCCCUUCUUUGUUGGGUAGACAACCCACACAUCGUCUAGAUGACCAAAAGGUAACACCCUGUACCGGUACCAUGUCUUCUUCACAACGAAGCCCAACAGUCCUUAAGCUUCAGUACUUAUCAGCACAUGAUGGUAGCCAACCUUUAGGUCGAAAGAAACCGACCACCAACCCUUUCCUAUCGUUCGCAACAGGCACCUAG